AUGGAAAUAGCCAUGACAACCCAAGGCAAUAAUCUCUUUCAUCAUGUCCAAUACAAUCCCGAUCCAGCGUCACCAGCACCUUCUUCCGUGUCUUCAAAAGAGAAAUGGCAACAGAAACGUCACGUAUGUGAAACAUUUGAUUGUGGCAAGAGUUUUGACUCGAAAUGGGCUCUUAUUAGACACAUUCGUGUCCAUACGGGUGAGAAACCAUUUUCAUGUACGUAUCCGACUUGUAACAAGUCGUUUGCUGAAAAAUCUGCCAUGACGCGUCAUUUGCAGACACAUUCACGCGACAAGCCGUACAAAUGCACGUAUGCAGACUGCACCAAGAGUUUUAAAGGCAAGGAUUACUUGGAAUUUCAUUUGAAGAUUCAUGCUGAAGGGAAUCCGUACGCGUGCGAUCAUCCCACGUGCUCCAAGACUUUUUGUAGUCCCAAGAGUCUGAAGAAACAUAUUAGACUGUGGCAUAAUCCUGGUGGUAAAAGCACUUCGAUGGAGCAGCAGCUAAGGGAACGUAUCAUUAAGAUGGCCACACGCAACAAGGACAAGACGCGCAAGUUUGAGUUGACGAUUCGAACUCUUUUGGAGGAGAACGAGUCACUCACGCGGAGGAUUAUCGAGCUAGAAAGCUGUCAACAGCGAUUGUAA